AGCAUCCCCGAACCCUUUCGGCUCUUUCCGAUCCUUUCCGAACCCCUCCGAACGUUGCCGAGGGGCGGGGCCGAGCUGAGCCGAAGCCGGGGCGGGCGGAGCCGAAGUUUGCCGAGGCGGGGCCGAGCUCCGCAGUGGCGGCGGCGGGGAGGGGAGGGGGGGGCGCAGAGGCGGCAGCCAAGAUGGCGGCGCGGGUGGCGCAGGGGCCGGCGGCCUCGGGGCUGGCCUAGGCCGCGGGGCUCCCCCUCUGGCGACCCCCGGCCCUUGAUAAACACCCCCACAGCCCCCCACACGCCCCCCUCGCACCUCACAGCCCGGUUCGGGGGCUCCUCGCGGCGGCUCCCCCCCCCCCCCCCUCUCCCCGUCAGGAUGCUGCCGUCGCAGGAGGCCUCCAAGCUGUACCACGAGAACUACGUGAGGAACUCGCGGGCCAUCGGCGUGCUCUGGGCCAUCUUCACCAUCUGCUUCGCCAUCAUCAACGUGGUGGUGUUCAUCCAGCCCUACUGGGUGGGCGACAGCGUCAACACCCCCAAACCGGGCUACUUCGGGCUCUUCCACUACUGCGUGGGCUCCGGGCUGGCGAGCCGCGAGCUGGCGUGCCGCGGCUCCUUCACCGACUUCAGCACCAUCCCCUCGGGGGCCUUCCAGGCCGCCGCCUUCUUCGUGCUGCUCUCCAUGGUGCUGACGCUGGGCUGCAUCACCUGCUUCGCCCUCUUCUUCUUCUGCAACACCGCCACCGUCUACAAGAUCUGCGCCUGGAUGCAGCUGCUGGCAGCUCUCUGCCUGGUGCUGGGCUGCAUGAUCUUCCCCGACGGCUGGGACGCGGAGACCAUCCGGGACAUGUGCGGGGAGAAGACGGGGAAGUACUCCCUGGGCGACUGCUCCGUGCGCUGGGCUUACAUCCUGGCCAUCAUCGGCAUCCUCAACGCCCUCAUCCUUUCCUUCCUGGCCUUCGUCCUCGGCAACCGGCAGAACGACCUGCUGCACGAGGAGCUCAAGACAGAGAGCAAAGAUUUUGUCGGCACCGCGAGGAUAUAAGGCCGAGCGCCCGCAGCAGGACCCUCCUCCCGCGGCCGGCAGCCUGGGCGCUCCCUCCCCGUCCCGCCCUUCAUCUGCUGCCGGCGGCCACGCAGCGCGCCGGGGACACGCCAGCCGCCCGCCGCGCCCACGGCCACGCCGGCACCGCCAUCCCCACGCACCCCGCCAGCCCCGCACCUCCACCACCCGUGGGCCACCACCGCCGCCGGGGAAGGAUGCCCCAAACCUGCUUCGUCCGAGAACGGCGUCAAACUGCGGUUUCAUUUCGAGGAAAAAAACAAAAAACAAACAACAUCUCAGAGUUUUUAACAGAUUUCUACAUCCCCAGGACUCCAGACCUGCUGCCUCCCGCCCCAACGCGUGCCCCGUGACGCCCCGCGCCGGCUGCUCUGGGCCCCAGCACCUUCCCCGCUCCCAUUUUGUACAGCUCCGUGAUCCUGUCUCCACGGCCGGGGGGACCCGGUGGCCGGGCCGGGGCCUGCCCGUACUUUUACGUGUAAAUUAAUAUUCUCUAAACAGGGUAAAGUGACUCGAGCCCCCUCGCCCCCAGCCCAGGAGUCCAGCCCCAGGACCUCACGCUUUCCGGUGCCGCUGGGGCCCAAGCGUGGCGACCUGCAGGGGCCUCACUGCCGCGACGCCCGACUCGUGCCACCGCUGAAUGUAAGCCCUGGUAAGUGGGAGCAGCUGAAAAACGCAACCCCCCCAGGGUGGGCACAGGAGGAACCCCCCCAAUCCAGCCCCGGCCGCUGCCAAACGCCUCCCCCCAUCCCCAUACGGUGCUUUAUCUCCACUGGUGACAGCGAGGCUCUCCCCGUGGUGCCCCCUGGUUGCACUUCGCUGGCACGCGGCCGCGGGGAGCCGAGGGCUCGGUCGUGCAGCACCCAGCAGCCGGCACCCACGCCCCGGCCGCGGCUCUGCUGGCCAGACCAGCGCGGGGGCUUCCCCACGCGCCCGCCGCAGCCCUCGCAACGCAAUAAAGUCCUCAGCACCGGCCGCGGAGCUGGUGACAGGGGCACGAGGCCGCGUGGGGGGCUCUGGAGGGACAGGCGGCGAGGACGGGUACGGGAGAGGGGCUGCGGAGCCGGGGCGAGGGGUGCAGCUGCGCGGUGGGAACGCUGCCGGGACGAGGCGAUGAAGGGCUGUGCGGGAACCGCCACCCGGCGCGCCCGGGGCUGGCGGAGCCGGUAAGUCGUGCCCUGAGACCCUGCGGGGUGGUGGCAAGGGACGGAGCUGGAGCCAUGCUGAGACCCCGAGCGGGAGCCCAGGGCCUCCCCCCACUGGGGACGUCGCGGGUGCUGGCGCUCCCCCCGCAAGCAGCCGCUGUCUGCCACCGCCCCGCGGCCCCCAGCGGAUCGGGAGCGCUGUCGCUGGCUGAAUUGGAAAACAAACCAAGAAAAAUCAGUGGAGAAAGGAAUACAGUAGCUGUAAUAUAUCUGUAUUUUAGUACAAAGUUUGAUACAGUGUUUCACAAAACCUUAUUGAAAAAUAUAAUUCAAAUCAGAUGA